AUGAAGUUUAUCCCUGCCGCAGAACUGCCAAAGAAGGGCUUUCAGCUGGAACACCUUCGAGAGGUCAACAUGAUCGACAGCUUUGUAAGAAGCCUGUUGUCCGGUAAGCUCUUCUCUGGCGUCGACAUGAAGAACAAGCUCGAUCCCAUGGCGGUGUACAAUGGCUGGAAUAAAGUAUACGACGUCAGCCUUCCGCGAAUCGGCCUGGCCGUUCGUGACGCGGCCCACUACACGCUACCGGUCACACCCAACGACCGCAUCUUCGAAACCAUUGGGUCGUAUGCCUAUCGCGAGGGCGUGACUUUCCUACCCGGGCCGCUCAACGUUCUCAAGCGAACGUUAAUGAUGGGCAACUCCCCACUCGGCCGAGCUGAACACUUCGAGACGUUACUGCGUAAAGUGGCGAGUAAAGGAGACGAAAUAACACUGAAACAAGUGCUCGGGGCUAUGCAGGGAACUGUUGGAAUUUUCAACUACCUUAACGACGCCGUCCUGCAGCGGGCUUUUACAGCAGCCGGAAAGACGCUGACCGCGGAGAUGGCUCACGCCGACGAAUUCAUCCCGGAACUAAAGGGCAUUUUAGAGGCGUGGAAGGAGUGGGAGCCUGACUACUAUAACCACGUAGUCUCUCUGGCGACAGAGUGGCUCACUAGCCGCGGAGCCAUGAUCACCCAAAAGUUUGGUAGCGGCAUAGCGAAUAACCCGGCUGCGUUAAAGCUUACCUCCGAGGCGGCACAGAUAGUAUCUCAAGUAGGCCAGAUUAGGUCUCCAUUAUAA